CUCUGCCAGGGGCUCUUCCCGGAGCGUGGGCGACUCCGCGUUGGCUACGCCACCAUCCUCCUGCGCGUCUUGGCACCGGGAGCCCCGGGGAGGUCCACUGGUGUUCCCUAUGGGGCUGGGGGGCUCCGGAGCAGAGCUGCGCCUGACGCCUGCCAACCGGAGCCACGCUGGCUGGUACGCCUGCACCGCGCACAAUGAAGUCAACAACCGCACCAGCGAGCCCAUCUACCUGGACAUCGUCUACGGCCCCGACGAGCCGGCCAUCAGCGUGGAGCCCUUCUCCCCCGAACAGGGGGGCUUCUCGGCAGGCGAGCGGGAGGACGUGGUGCUGAGCUGCCUGGCUCCCUCCAACCCCCCCAGUCGCUACAUCUGGCUCCACAACAGCUCCCAGGUCCACACCGGUCAAACCUACGUCAUCUCUGCCAUCGCCCGGACCCAGGCUGGCUGA